AUGACUCGUGGGAGACUAAUUUUGAUUGAAGGGUUGGAUAGGACUGGCAAAACUACCCAAUCCAAUAUUUUGCUGGAUAAACUGAAGCCCAAUGCUACGUUAAUCAAGUUUCCCGAUAGAUCAACCGAGAUCGGCCAGCUGAUUGACAAAUACCUCACAGACAGAAGCUUUGUACUGCCAGAUCAAGCUGUUCAUCUGCUGUUUUCUGCUAAUAGAUGGGAAGUGGCCCAGAGCAUACGAGAGCUCUUGCUUGCUGGUAAGCAUGUGGUACUCGAUAGAUAUGUUUACUCGGGAAUAGCUUACUCUGCAGCAAAAGGUGUUGCUGGAAUGGACAGAAAUUGGUGUUUGCAACCUGACAAAGGACUCCUCAAACCAGAUUUAACGAUAUUUUUAACUAAUGCCAAUGUAUGCGAGAAUCAGUCAAGACAAGGCUUUGGUGAUGAGAGGUACGAAGUCUCUGAGUUUCAGCAAGAGGUCAAGAAGCAGUUUUACAAAGUGUUUGAAGAUUUAGAGAAAAACAAAAUACCUUAA